UUGCACUUAUUUUUACAUAUCCAGAUCAGUGUCAACGGUCCUUCUGAAACCGCCUUAGUUAGGGGACUCACAAAACCCAUUGAUCAGCACUUUGUUAUCCGUUGUCUACGAAAAUCAGCCGCCUACCACUCUCUGCAGCUUAAUCGAUCUCAAGUUGAAUCUGAAUCUCCAAAACAUUCUCACUGUUGUCAAGCUGUUGAAAUUGGUGAUGGCUCUGUUACCCCAACUUCACCUCUGGCAGACGUCGGUGGCUCGCCGAAGGGAAAUGAAGUUGAGGCAGUUCUUUCAGACUGCCAGGCUCCCUCCCGGAUAAACUUUUCACGCCUUGGACACCAGCUCUCUUUGCGAUUUACUGCACUUGCUGGCCGAUUGUCACGACGCAAUUUUAACUUCGAUCCUGAUCAGUUCUCAACUUUUGGGGUCUUACCUAAAGUUGGAAAGAUGAGUGGCUCAACUCGCUGCCGUAAAGCUGUAGAUCGACGUCUCCGAAGACUUAAUACCGACGGACAAGUAGCCGGUACUAGUCGACUAGCGGUUUUCCUUGUUGCCGAUGCCGGUGAUCAUGCGGGGAUGGGCAAAUCUGAGACCAUCUUGAAGACGGCUAUACAGUCUACUCCUGGUAAGGAGAACUCGAUAAGUGUCGAUGUGAGAAAUUCGAACCGGCAUAAUAAAGUCGAUAAUGUGACUCAAUCGGCUCCAGCCGUUUCCCUUGAAUCGGACAAUAGCUGCCGAGGAACGCAAUCGAUCUUCUUUCUGCAUCCAAUAGCCUCUCCUAGAUCCUUAGUCGUAUCUUCUUCACUCCACUCCCUAGAUUCCCCAAACUGCUCGGCAGCUUCCGCUUACCCACAUCAAUCUAACAAAUCGCAUUUUUCUAUUGCCCUACCGCAGAAGGCAGCUUCUCGGCUACCUAAGUUUCACACUGCUCGGCGCCUGAAGAGCAUCCUUCUUUUCCGAAACAAAUCGUCUCUUUCAUCUUUACCCUUAUCUGGCUCUUCAUGCUCUUCAUCUAGUGCUAAAACCACCACUACUCUGGCCUUUGGCUGCAAGAGAGCCGGUUGUCGAAAGUAG